AUGAUCUUCGUCCUCGUUUAUUGCACUGCUGGCAUUUCCGGUGGACACAUCAACCCGGCGGUGACGUUCGGGUUGUUCUUGGCCCGGAAGGUGUCGCUCGUUCGGGCCGUGUUGUACAUUGUAGCACAGUGCUUGGGGGCCAUAUGCGGGUGCGGGCUCGUGAAGGCCUUCCAAAAGUCGUACUAUACUAAAUACGGCGGUGGAGCCAAUUCACUGGCGGUUGGCUACAGUACCGGUACCGGCCUGGCGGCAGAGAUCAUCGGCACCUUCGUCCUCGUCUACACCGUCUUCUCCGCCACCGACCCCAAACGUAACGCCAGGGACUCCCACGUUCCUGUUCUGGCACCUCUGCCGAUCGGAUUUGCCGUGUUCAUGGUCCACUUGGCCACGAUCCCGAUCACCGGCACCGGCAUCAACCCGGCAAGGAGCUUCGGGGCCGCCGUGAUUUUCGGAAAGGACGAGGCAUGGGACGAUCAGUGGAUAUUCUGGGUGGGCCCGCUGGUUGGAGGCGCCAUAGCCGCGAUCUACCACCAGUACGUACUCAGGGCAGGCGCGGUGAAGGCUUUGGGGUCGUUCAGAAGCUCUUCUUACUGA